UUAGUUUUAGAGCGCGCGGAUCAGAUUUGUAGCAUUGGAGCUCGUUUGCCUCGGUUUAAUUAAAUUGUUUCUACUGGUGUAAUGGAUAUGUUAUUUGGUCGUGUGGUGUAGUUUUAAGUGUUCUCUAGCACCACCUGGAUCGCAACAUGCCGACAGUUUAUGCGCGUCUAACAACGGGAAAAACCACAUAUGAAAUGGUAAAACAUCAAAUUACAAUAGGUCGGGGUUCAGCCGUGUACCCCGUUGACAUUGAUAUAGGCUGUUCUUCUUAUGUUUCUCGGCAACAUUUAGAAAUUAUCUGGAAAACUGACUGCUUGAAACUUAAAUGCAAAGGCAAGAAUGGAAUUUUUAUUGACCAAAAUUUUCGACCGUACAGUUCCCAGUUUCUGUCCAUCCCACCAAGGUGCGUUCUUCGAUUUCCAAGCACAUCUAUUUGCGUCCAAAUAGAACAGUGUUUCAUGGCUUAUGAAAAGAGUAAUACUUAUGCAAACUACGUGUCUUCCCUUAAACUGGAUUCAUACGGGUCUGGAAAUAGUUGUUCACCCGUGAAUGGUGAUAAUCAACCUUCUCCAAGGAUUAGUUCAAAGACCUUCAAUUUUAUUGGACCCUCAGAAAACUUGACCACAACAACUAGUCGCACACGUCGCAAACAAGCACUGAUACCAGCCUGUAGAACGACUUAUGGCAACGUUCAUUAUUCUAAUGUUCAGAAGAACACAACUAGUGAUGUAUCUUGUGAACUAAAGAAUACCUCGGAUAUGACUCAACAUGGUAAAAAUGAUAGUAAUCGAACAGAGACUGAUAUACAUCAACAAACAAGUUGUAUUGGCAAUAAUGCUAACAUUCAGUACAUCCACUUGAAAUCUAAAGUCGAUCUGCCUUUUUCAAAUGUGGAUUCUAUUGGUGACGGUAUAACUUCCGUCACGUCAUCACAAAACUCCAUUUCUGCACCUGUUGUUCACUUAGCAGCGUUUCCAGCUGUAGAGCGUGGAGAUCAGUUCACGAAACCCCCAUACUCUUAUGCUCAACUUAUUGCUCAGGCAAUCUCAAGUCAGCCAGAUCGUAAACUUACUUUGAGUGGGAUUUAUGAUUUCAUUAGUAGAAAUUAUUCAUAUUAUCAAUUAGCUGAUAAAGGCUGGCAAAAUUCAAUUAGGCAUAAUUUGUCACUUAAUUGUCAGUUCGUAAAAGUUCCUCGUUCACAAGAAGAUCAUGGUAAGGGUUGUUUCUGGAGAAUCGAUCCAGAGCAUGAAGCUAAAUUGUUAAAUAUCGCUUUCCGUAAACGUCGUAUAAGAGCUUGUGAUACAAGUUCAUUUUUAACAAGUAAUCGAUAUCCAUUGACAUCAUUAUCUUCAAAUGGGAAAUUUUAUAAUUAUAUUAUUCCAAAAUCAUUAAUAAAUCAAUCACACAAUAGUUCGGUCAUAAUGUCAACAGGCGGUAUUCAUUUACGAAAAUCAUAUAAACGAUCAAACAAAUCUCCUGACCAACUAAAAACUCCUUACAAACUUGCAUUAUCGUCCUCAUCACUUGAUGUAAACAUACAACAUACACCGCUAACUCAAAACAAGGAAGAUAGUUUAAAUGUGAUUACUUUCCAACCUGUCGUUCAUAAUUUGGUUCCAGUUAAUCAAGCGUCCUCUUCCGUUCUACGGAUUAUGAACACUAAACCUAUACUAACAACUACUUUCAAGUCAAGUCAUCAUAAAGAAGACCAGUAUAAUAUUUCAUCUUAUCAUGCUGGUCCUGUUAUUGUACAACAGCCUACUUAUUCUUUACUAUCUUAUUCUAAUUCCUCCCAGGAUACAACUGUAUUCCAUCAGAACAGUAGUGGUACAAAUUGACAACAUAGCUGUUUUUCUGUUUACACACAGUGAUGUGAUCACCUUUAAAAAGCUUAAUUGCUAUCGUGUUUAACAGCUGAUGCUUUUUUUACCUGGACAAAAUAUGAGUUUUUAUCCUUUUUACAAUUUAACUAAUAUAGUUUCUUUUAUUAGUGAUCAUUUAUUAGCUAUGAAGAACUGGAAAAACAAUUGGCUGUGCAAAGUGCUUUUAUAUGUAUUUCUGCAUUUUCUUACUGAUUUUAUUUUUAAUUACUGCAUUCGUAUCAUUUAUAUCAAUCUCCGUCGUUUCUAUUUAUGUGAAUAUCAUUUCAGCUCCCUCUUCCCUUUGUUUUUCUCCUGUCCUGUUUCAUUGUUUAUGAUUACCCCUCCGUUGUUUCCUUUUAUAGUCACAAUCACUACGUUGCACACAUAUACAUGCAUAUCUGUCUUUAGACAAUCACUCAUUUAUUUUUCUAUAGGUGAUAAUUUUCAUAGUAAAAAAUGGUAUUAAUUGCUAAACAUUUAAAGCAAUCAUGCUGAUGAUUUGACAAUUUCUUUGUUUGUUAUUUCCAAAAUUAAUUGUUUGGGCUAUACGAAAUAUAAGCAAUGAUAUACAAUACCAA